AUGGCAGAGUCAGCUGUGAGCUUUGCUAUUAACAAGUUGGAUGCAUUGCUAAUUCAAGAAGUGAAACUAUUGAAAGGCAUCCGCAAAGGAGUUGAAGAUAUCAAAGAUGAUUUGGAAGCCAUUAGAGCUUUCCUGAAAGAUGCAGAUUCGAAGGCAGAGAGAGAAGGAAUCAAUGAGGGUGUGAAAGUAUGGGUCAAGCAAGCAAGGGAAGUGGCCUAUCACAUUGAAGAUAUCAUUGACGAAUACAUGCUUCGCGUGGCACAACAUCAUGGUCAACGUGGAUUUAGAGGCUUCUUGCAAAGUAUUGCUUCCUCAGUUAUGAAACUAAAAGCACGCCACGAGAUAGCGAUGGAGAUUCAAGAUGUUAGGAAAGCUCUUCAAAAAAUCAAGGAGAGAAGGGAAUCAUUCCAAUUCAAUUCUUCAGAGCAAGGAGCAUCUAGUAGUGCAAGAAGAGCCAUAUUGCAUGAUCCUCGAAUGGGUUCUCUUUUCAUUGAAGAAGGUGAACUUGUUGGCAUUGAAUCUUCGAGAGAUAAACUGACAAGUUACAUGGUAGAUGGUGCAUCUCAAAGGACGAUCAUCUCAUUGGUUGGUAUGGGGGGAGUGGGUAAAACCACUCUUGCUAAAAAAGUAUAUGAUAACCUAAGAGUGAAAGAUCACUUCAGAUGUCAUGCUUGGGUGACGGUGUCUCAAUCAUAUGAUAAGAAGGAGUUACUGAAGAGCAUUCUAAGGAAACUCUGUGAAGCCAAAAAAGAUUGUUGUCCUGAAAACAUUGUCACAAUGGACGAGUCAUCAUUAAUUGGCAAGCUCAGAAAUUAUUUACGACUAGAGCGGUAUUUCAUUGUAUUCGACGAUGUAUGGGAAAUUGGCUUUUGGGAAGAUGUAGAGCAUGCUUUGCUGGAUAAUAAAAAAGGCAGUAGAAUAUUGAUCACAACAAGAAAUGAGGGUGCUGCUGAUUUCUGUAGGAGAUAUUCAUCAGUUCAUGCCCAUUUGCUAGAACCUCUAGGCCAACAAGAUUCAUGGGAGUUGUUUUGCAAGAAGACAUUCAUGCAUGACUUUGAAGGGCGUUGCCCUAAAGAUUUGGAAGAGUUAUCCAGGGACAUUGUUGGAAGAUGCGGAGGAUUGCCUCUUGCCAUUGUGGCUAUCGGCGGAUUGCUAGCGAGCAAAGAAAAGGUGGUUCUAGAGUGGGAAAAAUUGUUCAAUAAUCUUGGUUCUACAUUAAGGAGUGAUCCACAUCUUGAGAAUGUCACCAAAAUUCUCUCUCUUAGUUUUGGUGAUCUUCCUUACCACCUUAAAUCUUGUUUCUUAUACUUGGGCAUGUUUUCGGAGGAUUUUUCCAUUGGACGCGGAAGGGUAAUUCGAUUAUGGGUAGCUGAAGGUUUUGUACAAGAAAAGCAAGGCAUGACAUUAGAAGAGGUUGCAGAAGAAUACUUGAUUGAACUUGUCCAUCGAAGUUUGGUUCAAGUGGAUAUUGUUCAUCCUGAAGGAACUCUCCUCACAUUUCGAGUUCAUGAUUUGGUACGUGAGGUCAUUCUUUCCAAGUCAGAGGAAUUGAGUUUGUGCCAUGUUUCAAGUAAUUGCUCAAGGAUGGAAAGCAUAGCUAGACACCUUUCUAUAAGCAAAAGAGGAAAUGGGAAUAAAAAAAGCGACACCAAGUCACAAACACGCUCUAUUAUGAUCCUCGAUGGAACAGAGCUUCAAAAGCCCAUAAUUGAUUGGAUAUUUGAAAAAUGCAAGCUGUUGACAACAUUAGAUUUUGAAUGUUGUCCAAUAAGUUACAUUCCCAAAGAAUUGGGAAAUUUGUUGCAUCUAAAAUAUUUCAACUUAAGGAAAACCAAAGUGUCAAAACUUCCAAAAUCAAUUGGGAAGCUACAGAACUUAGAGUUCUUAGAUGUCAGAGAUUCUUCAGUGGAAGAGUUGCCAGUUGAGAUUAAUAGAUUCUCCAAAUUACGAUAUCUUUUAAGUAGUCAUGCGUUAAAGAUACAUGGCAGCAUUAGGUAUUUAGAGUUCUUGCAAACACUACAUAGAAUUAGAUUAGAUGAUGAUCAAGGUGUGAGAUUAAUUAAUGAGUUAGGAAAGUUGAAGCAAUUGAGAAAAUUAGGGAUUAGAAGUUUGAAAAGUGAAUAUGGAAGGGAUCUGUGCACUGUAUUGGAGAGUAUGACUCAACUGCAGUCCCUACGUGUUUAUACAAUCAAUGAGGAUGAGAUUCUUGAAGUGCAAUCUAUGUCUGCUCCUCCUUCUCACCUUCAGACUCUCACACUUGGGGGACACUUAGAAAGGUUCCCUGAUUGGGUUUCCAAACUACAAAAUCUAGUUCAAUUGAUUUUGUGGUAUUCAAGAUUGAAGGAUGAUCCGAUAAAAGUUAUCCAAGCUUUGCCUAAUUUAAAAGUUCUUGGGCUGGUUUCUGGAUAUAGUGGAGAGAAGAUUCAUUUCAAAGGAGGGUUUCAAAAACUCAAGCUGUUAGGUCUUGCAGGGUUGAAUGAGUUAAAAACGAUGACAAUUGACAAAGGAGCAAUGCCUUUUGUUGAAACGUUGCAAAUAGGUCCUUCCUCACAAUUGAAGGAGGUGCCCUCUGGAAUUCAACACUUGAAACACCUCAAAGAGCUAUAUUUUGCUGGGAUGUCAAAUGAGUUCACACAAAGGUUGUCUCGUGAAGAAGGGGAAGACUAUUGGAAAGUGAAGCAUGUACCAUUUCUCCUAUAUGAUGGUACAUACGACCCUGAUGAUCAAACUUCUUAUGCAGCACGGUUGAAGCGACAUUUAAGAUGGUACGCAUUAUUUAUUUUCAGAAAUGUAAAAUUGAGUGAAUAG